UGUGCUUUGGUCCUCCGACAGGGCCUCCCAGCACCUCCAGGGCACGAGAGCUGCAUCUGCCGGGGUAGUUUCAGCCCAGACUUUCCUGAUGGGCUGGAAUCUAUGAGGGCUCCCAGCUAAGAGCCACCCAGGUCCACGAGUGAGUCUCAGCCCUCCCAACCCUGAAGGUGGGAGAUGCCAGGGAAAUCUCUGCUUGCAGGGCCCUAGGAAGCCACAGGCCCAAGGCUGCCCCAAAUCUCUGUGCAGGCCUGGGACAGAGAAGCCGAGGCUGGGGAACCUGUGGGGCCCUACUGACCAUUCUUGCAGACACACAUGCAGUGGCUGAGGUCUCCUCCGAGGCUGGGCACGCAAGUCCUAUCCUGCAAGUCCUAAAUAGCACCACCUUCCUUUCCUUUCUGUGGGCAGCAGUUUCCAAUCCUAAACCUCCGAAGUGCUGGAAGCCACGACGGCCUUUGUCAGGUGCUGAGAAUGGCUGCUCUUGUGUGGUGCCCCUGUUAGGGUGUCUGGGGUGCGUAGGAGGCUUCCUCCUCCAGAGGCUUCCCAGGCCUUGACACAUGCAGUGUGAUUUUUGGCUUUUUGGCUUUUUGUUUUGUUUUUUGGAGCUGCGGGAGGGGGGCGUGCAGAUCUUGCAAGAGGGCAGGAGAGUGUAGACCCUCCUCCUGGAAACCGCUCCCCAUGUCCACACUCUAAUUCCACGCAGCCUCUCUGUAGACCCCAGAGCAAGAGCCCCUAGGCCAGACAGGGUGACACUGGAGCGGCUCAAAGAGCAUCUGGUCCCACCCCUUUAUUUCACUCACAAGGAAGUCGAGACCCAGAGAGGGGAAGUGACUCUCCCCAGAACAGGCUGACAGCCAGGCCUGGAGGAGAAAUGACAUCUCUCAGCCCUCUCAGCUGCACCGGACCACCAACAGGUAACAGCCUCUGGGCCAUUUACAGAAACUGAGGCAUGGAGCCUCUAACCUGACCUUGCUCUUGUGGACUGCAGUUGUGAUUCAAUGGGCAUGAAUUGCUGUGUGAUGCUGGGGAGGUGUUUGUGAUUCUUGACAAAGUCAUUUGAAUCCAUCACUUCAAGAGAGUGAAAGGAGCCCCAUCUGAUCUGUUGGUGUUGUAGGAAGAAACAUGAGUCAGCAAAACACCAGUGGGGACUGCCUGUUUGACGGCGUCAAUGAGCUGAUGAAAACCCUACAGUUUGCAGUCCACAUCCCCACCUUCGUCCUGGGCCUGCUCCUCAACCUGCUGGCCAUCCAUGGCUUCAGCACCUUCCUUAAGAACAGGUGGCCCGAUUAUGCUGCCACCUCCAUCUACAUGAUCAACCUGGCGGUCUUUGACCUGCUGCUGGUGCUCUCCCUCCCGUUCAAGAUGGUCCUGUCCCAGGUACAGUCCCCUUUCCCGUCCCUGUGCACCCUGGUGGAGUGCCUUUACUUCAUCAGCAUGUACGGAAGCGUCUUCACCAUCUGCUUCAUCAGCAUGGACCGGUUCUUGGCCAUCCGGUACCCGCUCCUGGUGAGCCACCUCCGGUCCCCCAGGAAGAUCUUUGGGAUCUGCUGCACCAUCUGGGUCCUGGUGUGGACCGGGAGCAUCCCUAUCUAUAGUUUCCAUGGGAAAGUGGAAAAAUACAUGUGCUUCCACAACAUGUCUGAUGAUACCUGGAGCGCCAAGGUCUUCUUCCCGCUGGAGGUGUUUGGCUUCCUCCUUCCCAUGGGCAUCAUGGGCUUCUGCUGCUCCAGGAGCAUCCACAUCCUGCUGGGCCGCCGAGACCACACCCAGGACUGGGUACAGCAGAGAGCCUGCAUCUACAGCAUCGCAGCCAGCCUGGCUGUCUUUGUGGUCUCCUUCCUCCCAGUCCACCUGGGGUUCUUCCUGCAGUUCUUGGUGAGAAACGGCUUUAUCGUAGAGUGCAGAGCCAAGCAGAGCAUCAGCUUCUUCUUGCAAUUGUCCAUGUGUUUCUCCAACGUCAACUGCUGCCUGGAUGUUUUCUGCUACUACUUUGUCAUCAAAGAAUUCCGCAUGAACAUCAGGGCCCACCGGCCUUCCAGGGUCCAGCUGGUCCUGCAGGACACCACGAUCUCCCGGGGCUAAUGGAAGGACAUCCUGUUCAGGGGAAGAAAGCCCUGGCCCUGAAUUCUGGUAACGGAUAUCGCGUUCCAGGGUUUUGAUGUGGUGGGAUGAUCCGCACCAUCUUCACUGAUGUGCUUCCCUUUGAUGCCCAUUGAGUGCCAGCUUUGCUCAUUAUACCCCAAAGGCCUUUUUUCCACUGCCCAGACAGCUCCACAUAUACCACCCAGUGUUCAGGGAUCUCUGAAGAACCCACAAACCAGGUGAAUUACUGAUUUCUAAGUCCAAAAACUAUAGAGCAGAAGAAUUGAGAAAGAGAAUGAGACCAUGUCAACGAGGCUGUUUCCAACUCUCCCCAUUUUCGUGUUCGACUGGGAGGUUCUGGAAAGAAAGAGAGAGAGAGAAAGGAGGUAAAGGAGGGAGCCAAGAGAGUCAGUGAUGGGGGAGAGUGUCUUGGGCAGAGGUGGGGUGGUAGGGAUGAAUGAAGCCCCUUUUUAGUUUGGGUGUCCCAGAACGGAGCAGACUUGCAUUUUCCAGUCCCUUCUGGAGCUGUGUUGCAAAAACCUCAUGGAGAUGACAGCAAGUAGGGGUGGUGUUGGGGCUGGGCAAGUAGCGUGGAUCACCUCAAGUUUCCAGUGAGCCUCAGAAAGGUGAAGGAAGCCAGCCACAUCUUUCUGUGCCUGUGAGAAGACUGCAGAAUGACUGACUGGGGUGUUGAUGACAUCCAAGAGCCAUGAGCGGGGAAGGGAAAGGACACUCCUGGGGAAGGAAGAAGACAGGCCCAGGGCUGGAAGCACACAGCCCCUCCCCCAUCACCAUCAGGGUGUCCACAGCAUGGAGUGUUGGUGCUGGCCCAGGGUGAAGAGAGGCAGUGGGAUACGGUCUGGGAGCGGGGAGACCCCGACCUGCUUUCUAUCUUGAACAGACUGGGAAGUUGCUGAUUACACCUAGCUUCCUUGAAAACAAUGGCAAAGAAUCAGGCCUGCCUUGGUUCCACCAUAGGAGGGUGGAGGAGGUGCUGUCUUUCUCACCUGCAUCCUGGCUGGGCAGCUGGUACCCAUGGCACUGCCCAUGGAGCUGUCCCUCCCUGGCAGCUGGGAGGGAGAUGAGGCAGCCAGGCACAAGGGUGUGGCCUUGCGAAAGAAGGCAAGAGGGGGUCCCUGCAGGUCCCAGGAAACUGUAAACAACUGAGUCACGCCUGGAUGGCUUCUCAACGGAUCUGGAGGAGGAGUGCAAGUGACAGGGGAAGCCUCCCAAUGACUCAGCUGCUCUGGAGAGUGAAAUGAUGAGAAGGAUCCAUUGUGGGGUGGUUUUGCAUGACAGAUUGAGUGGGAUGAGGAGUAACUGAUGAGACUUCAUGUGAGCCAGGUCUUCAGGAGGAAAAGCAACUGCGGUCUACUUGUAGGAUCUGGGCUCAGUGGGGGCCGAAGGGCUUGGGAGGGGUGGCGGCCUGAGGGGAAGAAGAGAAGCAUUUGGAUAAACCUGGGCCUGCGGGGAGGAGGAGGAGGAAGAGGAAGAGGAAAAGGAGGGGAAGCUGAGCAGUGGCCCUAGGCUUGAAGCCUGCAGGGAGUACAGGGUGGGUGGGGAACCUGGCUGAGCUGCUUCCUGCCUGAGAGCCUUUCCCGGCUGGCCUAAGAGCCGUGGACAGACAGGAGUCGCCUUCUCAGGAGCAGCUCCCGCUGUUGCUGUGCUCAAGUGGCACCCUGUACACCUCCUCCUAGGUGGACGGAGGGAAGGGUGAGGAAGAGAGCGUCAAUGAAGGGGUGGAAGUGGAUGUGGAGGAGUGACCAGACCAGACCAGACCAGACCAGAGGGAUCGGAGGCUCAGGACCCCUGGGCUGGGCCUCUAGGAACCACAGCCACAGAGUCAGGCUCUGCAGACCCAGAGGUAAGGCUGCCUGGCUGUCCCAAGCCCCAGACACUCCUCUCCUUGCCUGCAGGCUGCCCUGUCCCAUGGCCACCCUAGACAGAGACACCACCCGUGAUACUCUGAGGAAGCCAGACUUUCGCACGCAACAGGGCAUUUGGGGCUGGUUCGGGUCAGAGUCCACAGGUGGUGGAUUUAGGGACCACUCUCCUCUCACUUCUUUCUCUGCAUGAGGAGUUGGGAGCCUGCCUGGUGGAGUUGAGUGAUGCCCUUCAUGUGCACUUGGGUCUACCAAUGUGCUUAGGGCCAGAUGGGCUUCCUAAGAGACAGGGGUGGGUGGACCUAACCACCUAUCAUCCCCAGCGAUGUCCAAACAUAAAGUCUUAUCUAUGUGCAGUAUGACUUUGUCCAGGUGACAGAAAGGGCUCUAGACAGCUGAGAGGAACUGAUCAUGUAGGGAGGGAUGGGGAGGGGAGCCAGGACCCAGGAGCUGCAUGACUGUAAGAGGAAGGUCCUUGGAGGGUAUCAGCAGUCUCAGUGUGAUGUGACAACUAUGGACCUGUGGGUGUGCCCUGGGGACCCGUGACCCAUCCCAAAACACUGUGGAAAGAAGGGCCUUUUCUCCGUGGGGACCCGUGUCUGUGGGAGUGGGCACAGGUCCGUGCUGCAGGCCACUAUGGCUGCUCGGCAGAAAGGCCGAGAGUUUGGACCCACAUAGCUGCAAGCCAAGCUGGCCCAUAGUCAGCAGUGGGGCCCAGUGGCACAGGAGGGGCGGAGGGUUAGCAUUGGAAAAAAUGACUUGAUUAAUCUGAUUCGCCAAAUAAAUAGAUUCAUGUGAUGCCAUGUGACCUUGUCUUGGACUAAGUUUACUGGCCCCGGAGAAGAGCAGGCCCCAGAUGGCCCCUGCCAGGUCACCCAACAAUCUUGGUCUCUUCAGCAGCCACCUGGCCACCAAGUGUGGGGCUGCAGGGAGUGGCCCUCCCUGCUCAGGAGCACAGCUGGGCCUGUCCAGGUGACCAGGAGCCAGACCCUUUGGGGCCUACUUGCCACUCCCCCACAUCCACAUGGGUGCUUGGUUCUCUGUGGUAGCAGCCAGGCUGCACAGACCCCGCAUACUCAGCUGCAGUCGACCCCACCCUGCCCUUGCCACCUUGUCCCACCACCACCUUGUCGCACUGCCGCCGUGACACUGCAGCUGCUUCCACAGGCCCUGGCUCCUCCGCAUACACAGGGGUGGGGGGCCCAGUAUGAGAAACCUGCUGACCAACCUAGGGGCUGAAGACACAGGGCCAGUCUCUAGAGGUCCUCCACGGUGGCCCUUCCCUCCCUUCUCUGACCUCUUGUGGUGGGAAUCCGACUUUCCAAGGGUGGAUUCUCAUAGGUUCUUCUCCGCGCUUCACAGUGAAUUUUGCUAGCCUUUGGAGAGCUCCCGGAAGCUGUGCACUGCUAGGCUCUGGCCCGGGCCACUCUCUGUCCUGAGUUCUCCACAAUCCUGAGCGCAGCUGAUCACGGCAUGGGUGCUGAGGGCCAAGGGGGGCAUCUUUGCUCCAUCUAACCAUCUCCUACUAAUCUAGGAGCCACCCCCCAUGUAGGCCACGUCCCCUAGGGAUAGUGACCACCUCCCCUUGGCCCCCAGGGAGGAUUUGACUUGGAGAAUGUCAGUUCACAAGGUGCAUUUGUCAACUAUAUUCCUCUUGAGUUACCUCUCUGGGGACCCUCGGAAGCUGAAAGUCAUGAUACUAAUACUAUGUAAUUGCCACAGGAUACCAAAGACGUCUGGAAGCGUAAGAUAACACCCUUGUAGCAAGUGACCACAAAGGGAUGGAGAUUGCAAAGGUGCUUGAAAUGACUGAGGCCUGGUAACAGUUGUAGAGAUUCCUAGAGGUGAAAAAGGAUUCGGUUAAUAGACCAGUGCGGAAAGAAAUUGGGCAGAGCCACUGUGUGGGUGUGAGGAGAGGCUGGCGUGCAGAUCAGUCAAGAGGUAGGGGUGGGGACAUCCCCAUAGCAGGAGGAGCUGUGUGGGGAUGCCCACACCAGACCGCCCUUCGUCUGUCCUCAAGGGUCAGUUGUACUGUGGACAGCGACUUUCCAGGGCCAAAUAAAGGCUGGCAGGGACCACUUGACAACCUUACCACUGUGGGGGGACAGAGGACUCAAAGACACGCCAAAGGUACCUUUUCUGGGUGAGCACUCCCCUGAAACUACCAUCACAGUCCCCACUGGCUUUUUCUGCCCAGAGCUGGCUUCUCUGGUGAGCCCAGGGCACAGAGCCAUGAACGGCCAUUUGAGGGGGUGUGGAUAGCAGGUCAAGAGGGACUCCAGGAGCCUGAAGUGGAAGGACAAAACAGACAUCCCUCUGCCCCACUUCAGGCCUGAGUGCUCCCUCCCAGGCCAGGAGCCUGUAAGAGAUGCCUUCCUUGCAAAGCUGUUGCAGAAAAGGCCACACGGUGCCUCAAUCAUGAGUCACCACAGAAACGUGGCCCUUUGUGCUUUGAAGUCUCGUGAGGUAGGAUCAGAAGCACUGUCACUUCAAAGCCAGACCUUUGAGGCUUCAGAUGGCAGCUUUGUUCCGGAGGCCCACGCCUGAGUGAGUGUAACCAAGAUGCUGCCUGCAAGGGGGACCUGCAUCUCCACCGGGGCCAGCACAGUUAUGCAAAGGCUGCUUAGGGUGCAUAAGCACCCUAAGAGAAGAAGAAGCCUCUCUUCUCAGUAGGUGGCUUCGGGCUGUGCGUCGUGCAGAUGAAAGAGCAUACACAUGUGCGCGUUUCUCGUUCAAGCAGUGUCUUGGAGCGGCUCGCCAGUGGAGGCCACACAGAAUUUAGGAAAGUUGUGCCAGAGUUGACUAGAUCUGGCUAAACCCAGAUUUUCCAAACAGCCGAUUCCCCAAGUCAGUGCCUAGUGAAUUGCAGACGGAAUGACCCUGACUUGGGGAAAACUAAUGUCCAAUGACCCAUUGAUCGCCAUGUGAGCCCCCAGCCAAAGCACAGUUCUGGGAGUGGGUGGAGGGGUUUCCCUGAGGGCAGUAGAGAAGCCUUGAGGCCAGUGGGCCUGGAGUGGUUAAGGAGGGCUCUAGAGGACCAGCUCAGGGUGGGACAUGUUUGUGGGGGUGGGUCUCCAGACAGCAUUAGGUAGGUGGAGAGACCUCUCCCUCCCCAAGAUGGGCCAUGCGUUGCUGGGCAGUGGGCACUGGGCACUGGGUGUGGCCCCCUUCGGCAGUAGAUACCAGCCUCUUUGCUGUGGAUUGCCUUCAGUUUCCUAAAUCUUCAGUGCCAACUUCAAGUCGCAGCCAGGGCACAGCUUUCACCAAGGAGAAUCAGUGUGAGCUUUAUAGCAGAGCAUGAGACCCAGAGAUGCCUGGAGGGGGGAACCCACAGAAAAUAGGACUUCCCAUAUUAAUGGAAGGUGGGGAGCAAAGUCAUUAUUCUCUGAGUAUUAUUAAAGGGUAUAUGACCCCAAAGACAGGACUAUUUCAAUUGCAUGAGCAAAGUGGGAUGAAAUUGAUGGUUAAGAGAUCUGUGAGUAUUGAUAGUUCUUCCCUGGGACUUUACACUGCAAAAAACACCCAUAUACGACAAGUAUGUUGUCAGUCUACCUGAGCUGCCAUAAUAAAACACUGCAGACUGAGUGCCUUAAACAACAGGAAUUUGUGUCCCACGGUUCUGGAGGCUGGAAGUCUCAGAUCGAGGUCUGGCAGGGUCAGUUUCUGGUGAGGCCGCUCUUCCUGGGUUGCUGAUGGCCACCUCCUCACUGUGUCCUAAGAGGCAGAGAGAGAGGAAACAAACUCUCUGGUGUCUCUUCUGCUAAGGACAUUAAUCCUACGGGAUCAGGCCUCACCCUUCCUUCAUUUUACCUUAGUUGCCUCCUAAAAGCCAUGUCUCCAAAUACGGUUACAUUGGGAAUUAGGGCUCCAGCAUGUGAAUUUUGGGGGGGGGACACUUCAAGUCACAGGAACGGCUUCUACGCUGACCUGGAGUAGAAGUCGCACUUCUCUUAUUUCUUCAAAUUGAACGUAACUUGCCCUAAUUCAUUCACCAAGGUUUACUGGAGGAUGCUCCAGCUCCAUUGUCACUGGAGCCCUUCUGCUCCCAAGAUCCUGCAUGGGUCCUAGCUGGGGCAUACCUUGAUGACUGCACUAUUUGCAGAGAAUCCUGGGUUUCAGUCCACACUGAUCACAGCCACGGUGCCCAUCGAGGACUGGGCCCUUCAACAGAGGCAUCUGAAUGACACUUGGGCACGCAGCUCACUCCUGCAGGCCCCAAGCCCUCCAUGUUAAAUGCUCUUGCACCUUCACGUCUGAGGCUCCUUGAGCAGAAUGCUUGUCUGGGCUCUUCUUGGGAACCACAAUAGCCCUGCACCUUCCCCGGCUGACCU